AUGAACUGCAGCAAUACCAGCAGUCCUGCGGCAUGUCAAGAACAGGAGGCAGAGAGGCUGAUGUUUCCGCUGUGCAACAAGUACAUCUGCCCACUGCUGCCCCUGCAUAUCCUGAUCCCUGUGACCGUUGUGUGCCUGGCGCUGCUGGUGCUCGGCGUGGCGGGCAACGUUCUAACCGUGAUGGUGAUGGGCCGCUGCCGAGAGCUCCGCAAUACCACCAGCCUCUACCUGGGCAGCCUGGCAGUCUCCGACCUGCUGCUGCUGUUGCUCGGGCUGCCUCUUGACUUGUAUCGUCUCUGGCGUUCGCGGCCAUGGGUGCUGGGCUCAGUGAUGUGCAGUGUGUGGCACUGGUCGAGUGAAGUGUGUGCCUACUGCUCUGUCUUGCACUUGACGGCGCUCACGGCCGAGCGCUACCUCGCCAUCUGCUUCCCGCUGCGAGCCAGAGUGUUGGUGACCCGGUGCCGUGUCAAGGUGCUGCUAGUGGUGCUCUGGGCGGUGGCGCUGCUCUCCGCGGCGCCUUUUCUCUUCCUGGUGGGUGUCCGGCAGGUUGGCAAUGUCAGUUUCAGCCGUGAGUGUGGGCCCACGCUGCACGCACGCCAGUCGGGACUGCUGAGUACCAUGCUCUGGAUCACCACCUGCUACUUUGUGCUGCCUGUCCUCUGCCUCUGUGUCCUCUAUAGCUUCAUUAUCUGGGAGCUUCUGUAUGGCAAGAAGGCGCACCUUGGUGGAGCGUCACAUCGGAGCCACCAGCAGACUGUGCGCAUGCUGGUUGUGCUGGUUCUGGCUUUCAUAAUCUGCUGGCUGCCCUUCCACGUCGGCAGGAUCAUAUACGUCAAUUCUCGGGAUUUCAAGAUGAUGUAUUUCUCCCAAUAUUUCAACAUUUUCGCCCUGCAGCUUUUCUACUUGAGUGCUUCUAUCAACCCAAUCCUUUACAACCUCAUCUGCAAGAGGUACAGGGCAGCCGCUUAUAAGCUACUGAUGACCAACAGAGCCAGAGAGAGGGCUUCUACUAUUACCAGAGAAACUGUUGGCUACACGGAGACCAGCAGUAGCAUCAAGAAGGGGAACGCUGCUUAUUUGUGA